UCCUCUUUGACUCUACGAAACCCUAACAUUCCCACGGAGUAACAAAAACAGCUCUCUCCAUUACCACAGCAUAAACCCAAGACCCAAAAUUUCCCUCACUUUCUCGCAAUUUCCCAUCCUCCGAACACCCCACAACCAAUAUGAGCACAAUCAGUCUCCGCAAGGUCAAUACCCGUCUUCCCCCGGAAGUCAACCGCGUGCUCUACGUCCGCAAUCUCCCCUUCAACAUCUCCAGCGAGGAGAUGUACGACAUAUUCGGCAAGUACGGCGCCAUACGACAGAUUCGCAUAGGCACGAACAAGGACACCAGAGGAACCGCCUUCGUCGUCUACGAAGACAUCUACGACGCCAAAACGGCGGUGGAUCAUCUCUCCGGCUUCAACGUUGCUAAUCGGUAUCUGAUCGUUCUCUACUACCAGCAGGCCAAGAUGAGCAAGAAGUUUGACGCCAAGAAGAAGGAGGACGAGAUCGCCAGAAUGCAGGAGAAGUACGGCGUCUCCACCAAAGAUAAGUGAUUUUUCGUCGUUCUUCUAGUUCAUGUUGUACUGUUUGGAUACUGGGCUAUACUAUUUCUUGGUGAGGAUAUGAUUAUCUUUAUUCCUGGAUUAUGUAAUGCAAUAUGCUUGCUAUUUGGGUUUUAGAGGAGAGUGUAUGUUAUCCUGAGCUUCGCAUAGUUACAACAGUUGAUUUUAAUUUCGAACAAGUGCUCUUGGAGUUGCAUUGUUGUUGUAUAUGUACAAUUUAUAACCAGAUGCUAAUGAUGUUUUGAUGUUUUGAGAAGAA